AUGCCAAAUGGAAAUCCUAACGAUUGUACUUGUCCUACAAAUAUUAAUAAUAACAUUGUUGGUUCCACUAUUAUUGAUGAAGAACUCAUCAGGAGAAUUGAGGAGGCUCAUCAGAAUGACCCUAAAAUUAUUCAAUGUUGUAGUACCAAUGAAAAGACUGAUAUUAAACCAAUGCAACAAACCCAUGCAUUUGAGCAAAAGGAGCUCGAUAGAACUCAACAAUUACUUGAAACGGCCCUCAUUUCUAUUAUCCAAAAGUAUCAAGCACCAAAACAAGAACAACAACCAAUUAUACCAACACCUCUCCCUGUUACUUUACCUCUACCAAUAACUAUUAAUCCACCUAAUGUUCUUCAAGAUAUGAUGUGUGCUGCAGGUGAAAAGAAGGCUAAAGAAUCACUUGAUCAAGUAAUUAUCUUGUCAUUACUAUCCGGUGUUUUUGUUGGUUUUGGUGGUAUUGCCUCAAUGAAAACUGGUGGCAGUAUGGCCGGAUGGGAUGCUACCAAUCCAGGUUUUGGAAGACUGAUCUUCUCAGGUGUUUUUACUGUCGGUUUAAUGUUGGUUAUUGUUGCAGGAAGUGAAUUAUUUACUAGUAAUAGUAUGGUUAUGUUUGUUGCCAUGUUGAGAAGAAAGGUUAAUGCUUGGCAAUUGUGCAAGAAUUUGGUUAUUUCUCUCACUUUUAACGUUUUGGGCGCUUUUAUUAUUUGUUACUUUUUAAUGUAUUUACCAACUACAGAAAAGGAAAUGCACACGGCUCCAUUUGUUACGUAUGCCAAAUCUCUCGGUGAAAAGAAAGUUUCUCGUUCUCAUGGUCUUACUAUUCUCUUGGGUAUUGGUUGCAAUUGGUUGGUUUGUCUUGCUGUCUACAUGACCUAUGCUUCACAUAUUCUGGUUGACAAAUUGAUUGCCUUAUUCAUGCCAAUUUUGGCCUUUGUUGCUGGUGGUUUUGAACAUUCAGUUGCAAAUGGCUUCUUUAUUCCAUUAGCAAUGUUAUACGGUAGUCCAAUUACCAUGUACGAUUUUUUGGUUACCAACUUGAUGCCUGCCACACUGGGUAACUUGCUUGGUGGUGCCUUCUUUGUUGGUAUGUGUUUCUGGUACACUCAUGGUGUUAGACUUGAAAAUAUUUACUACUUUGAUACCAAAUUUACCUUAAAGGCAAGAGAAACUAUUGCUAGACCAAUUUUGAAUUUGUGGGAUAGGGUUGCUGCUCUCAACCCAUUCCUCAAGCAAGAAAAUCAAGCUCAAUCUGCUAUUGAGCUUGCUGAUCAAAAAGUGUAA